UGUUUAUGUGAUUUCUCAUUUUGCAAUCCUAUAUCCAGCAUAAUAAUUGGCGAGAUGGGAAAGGUUCACCUGCUCAACAACGUCAAAGAGAAUACGACCGAGUACAGCCUAGUUCGAGUCAAAAGCACAUGGACUUGUAAAGAGAAGCACAGCCACAUCGGGUCGACUGCGUGUGUGUCUCCAGCCAAGAUUUAUGAAACCCUCACAGAAAAAGGCACCAGCUGGACCGUGGUGACCCCCAUCAUCUUCAGCUACAAGGUUACAGAGACGCACGGCCUCCUGGACCCCUGCAACGCCACCCUGCUAACAGGCCACGCCCACGAGCCGCAGACCUCCGCCGACACCCUGAGAAUCCCCUCCAAGCCGAUCAAGCGUUUCGUGGUGGUCGAUCAGGAAGUGUACCGCAUCUACGGCAGCCAGAUCACUAAGUAUUUCGAGGUUAACAAUGUGACAUGUAAGAUUUUAGCUCUGCCCACCACCGAGGAGAACAAGUCGAUGGAGAUGGCCUUGAAGAUCCUCGAGGAACUAAACAGUUUCUCGAUAGACAGGAGAGCAGAGCCUGUGAUCGCGAUAGGAGGAGGGGUCUGCUUGGAUAUCGUGGGUCUGGCGGCGUCUCUGUACCGCAGACGUACCCCUUACAUCAGAGUACCCACUACGCUCCUGUCCUACAUCGAUGCCAGCGUGGGGGCCAAGACUGGGGUGAAUUUUGCAAACUGUAAGAACAAGCUCGGCAGCUAUAUUCCACCAGUCGCCACCUACCUAGACCUGUCCUUCAUAAAGACCAUCCCUCGCAGACAUAUCUCCAAUGGGUUGGCCGAAAUGUUAAAGAUGGCCUUGAUGAAGCACAAGGAGCUGUUUGAACUCCUGGAGAAACACGGCCAACAUCUCCUAGAUUCAAAGUUUCAGUCAGACAGCAGCGUGUUUAGUGUGAGCAGUCAGAGCGCGUCCCGCUCCACACGCCUCGCCAUCGUCACCAUGUUGGAGGAGCUGGCCCCCAACCUGUGGGAGGACGACCUCAACAGACUGGUGGACUUUGGACACGUCAUCAGUCCAGCGCUCGAAAUGAGGGUGCUUCCGUCCUUACUGCACGGAGAGGCGGUGAACAUCGACAUGGCCUACAUGGUGUACGUGUCCCGGGAGAGCGGGCAACUGACGGAGGACGAGAAGAACAGGAUCAUCAGCUGCAUGGUGGGUCUGGAGCUGCCCGUGUGGCACCAGGCCUGCACCAUGGAGCUGAUCCAGAGCUCACUGCAGGACAGACUCAAGCACUCGGGCGGGCUGGUGAGGAUGCCCCUGCCUGUGGGACUAGGACAAGCAGAGAUCUUCAACAACACAUCUUAUGAAGUCUUGACCAGCGCUUAUGAAAAAUGGUGCAAUGAGCGUUCCUGCUGAUGUUGAUGAUGUUUACUGAACUUGUACGUGAAGUUCAGUGGGUGCUAUCGGUUUAUUUUGUCAUUUUUAUUGUAUUUUUUUAAUCAGUAUUUGUAUGUACUGUAAGAUGAAGAGGCGAUAUACAUCAGAAAAGGCUGAUACAGAUUCACAGUUUUGUUAUAUUUUAUUGUAAAUGUUGUUUUUAGAUUGAACGACUGAGUGCUCCAAUUUCUACAGUACUGAACGUUACAGUAUGUCCGUGCUAAAUGAAUACUACAACAAUGGUGGUAUUUAUACAGUAUAUGUGACAGAUAACGCUUUCUGUAUUAAUACAUGUUUCUCAGACUAAACGGGUCAU